GAUAUGAUAUGAUGAUCAGAAAAUCGUUCUGUAUUUGUAGUGUAUAUUGUAAAAUUUAAAUGGAAGCAUUCUGUAAUUGUAUUGUAUAUUGUAAAAUCUAAAUGGAAGAGGUAAAAGGUAAAGUCAAUGCUACCUUAGAGUUAUCGACAGACAAUUUAAAAAUUGAAAGUAAAAACAUACAAGAUAGGGGUUUAUGGGGGCAUAAAAUAGAGUUUCUUUUGUCAUGCCUAGGAUAUGCUGUUGGAUUUGGUAAUAUCUGGAGGUUUCCCUUUAAAUGCUAUGAUAAUGGGGGAGGCGCCUUUUUGAUUCCAUACUGUUUGGUUCUUUUCGCAGCGGGCUUACCGCUGUUCCUGAUGGAGUUGGCUCUCGGUCAAUACUCUUCCCUCGGUCCCUUCAAGCUAUUUCAGAAGUUCAGCCCGGCUUUCUCCGGGAUUGGAAUGGCUAUGAUAAUCGUUUCUUUAUUGGUCUCCAUCUAUUACAAUAUGAUAUUGGCGUGGACGCUUUUCUAUCUGGCUAAUUCUUUCACGGCAGUUCUACCCUGGUCCCAUUGCGACAAUUGGUGGAAUACGGCCAAUUGUUUUGACGCCUUUAAAGCCCGAGAAUGUUCCAGUAAACAUAUGAUCUACCUCAAGGGACAUUGUUUUAACGUGUCGCAUAAUCAAUCAGAUGUAGAUUUAUACGAGUUUGGUAGGAAGGACUCCCCCGCGGAAGAAUAUUUCAAUAAUAGGAUGCUCAAGAUAUCGGACGGCCUCGAAAACAUGGGCCAAGUUCAGUGGGAACUAGUGCUUUGCUUAUUUUUUGCGUGGUGCGGCGUAUUCUUUUGUCUCAUGCAGGGCAUCAAAACUACGGGCAAAGUCGUGUACUUUACAGCUUUAUUCCCCUACGUAAUACUCAUCGUACUAUUGGUCAGGGCGGUCACCUUAAAAGGCGCCUCGAAUGGAUUGAUUUUUUACAUGAGGCCUGAUUGGGUAAAAUUGGUUCAGUUCAAGGUAUGGAAGGAGGCAUUUCUCCAAAUAUUUUACUCGCUCGGUCCCGCAUUCGGCUGCUUGAUGACGAUCUCUAGCUAUAACUCUUUUCAUCACGAUAUUUACAGGGACGGCAUGAUAGUGGGCUUGCUCAAUUCGGGUACCAGCAUUUUUGCGGGAUCUGUAGUCUUCUCCAUAAUUGGCUUCAUGGCUCACGAUCAGGAUACUUCAGUUGAUAAGGUUAUUCACUCCGGACUCGGUCUGGCCUUCGUGGCUUACCCCACCGCUAUAUCCCGAUUAGCAUGGUCUCCAUUUUGGAGCGUGAUUUUCUUCCUUAUGCUAAUCUCGAUAGGAUUGGAUAGUCAAGGUUUUCCAAUUCAAAAGAGGAAAAGUGUCAAUCAAAAAAGAAAAAGUAUCAAUCAAAAAACUAAUAGGUUCUAUCAAUCAAAAGAAGGAAAAGUAUCAGAAACUUUGGAAAAAGUCAUAUUUAAAAAUGAAAAGUGUCAAUCAAAAAAGGAAAAGAUCCUACAAAAAGGAGAAAAUUUAAUUAAAAAAAAGGAAAAUUACCAGAGACUUAGUAAAAAGUCAGAUCUAAAGAUUUUCAAUCAAAUAAGGAAAAAGUCUGAUCAAAAAAAGGUAGAGGUUCAAUCAAAAAAGGAAAAGACCAAAGACUUAGGAAAAGGUCCGAUCAAAUUCGCCAUGGUAGAGACCAUUCUCACAAUGUUAUACGACCAAUGGCCAGGUGCUCUAAGACCCCGCAAGAUUCUGGUCAGUGCCAUCACUUGUUUCUUGUUUUUCCUUUCUGGAAUUCCUCUGACCAUGAACGGAGGCAUAUAUCUGUUUUCACUCAUGGAUAAUUACUCGGCUGGUUGGCCCCUGCUCUUCAUCGGCCUUAUCGAAUGCGUCAUCGUUGCAUACAUUUACGGAAUUGAGAAAUUUCUAAAAGAUAUCGAGAUCAUGAUAGGAUACAGGGUCAACAUUUGGUGGAAACUGUGCUGGAAAUAUAUUGCCCCAGCUAGCACGCUGCUCUUUUUGUUGUAUGAUUGGGUCUCCAGUUCGGGUCUCUCUUAUGGGGACUUUUACAUAUUUCCCCCCUGGGCCAUAAGCCUGGGUUGGUGCAUGGCCAUUUUCCCUGUUUCUUUCAUUCCCGGAUUGUUGAUAUACAAUUGCAUCACCUUCAUCUACAAAAAUAUUGGACGGGAUACCGGCGAAGCCAAUAUCGAUGUCAAGGAUAAAAAAAUACGGAAAUCCGACUUCAAGAGACUCUUCUUGGCCAAGGAGGACUGGAAUGAGAAUAAGGGACUAGUGGCCAAUAUGCAAUAUAACACCAAUUUUUACCUAAAAUAAUGUGCUAGAAUGUCGACUUUCUUGUUUAUGACUUCCAUGUCUACUAAAAACUAAGAUUUAUAUAGCAUAUUAUUUCUUCUUUAUACAACUGAUAUAAAUUGAUAAGUUUAUAAGCCUUCAUAUUCUGUAAAAUCAAUAUAUUUUUAUUCUAUAAGUGGCUUUAUAGAUAUCAUAACUAUCCGUGUAUCUUUCUCAUUUCUCAUGUGAUUAAUCAGUAUUAAAUUUGAGUUAUAAUUAUAAGUAUUAUUAACGAUAUAAGGUGCAAUGUUUGUAUUUUAAAAAAAAAUCGUAUUUCUAUUUAUUUUUUUAAUCGUUAUUUUUCAAGCAUAUUUAUUUAUAUCUUACUUCAAGUGUGAUUACAAUGAUUCUG